CACGCGACCACCACCCCCAACUCAAAUUCUCAGUCAUGGCCAACGCGGCCAACGAGAGACUUCGACUUGUGUACGGUCUCCUUGCAUUUCUUUACUUAGGCCUUGGACUUGAUUUCUACCUCACUGCCAGACUUUGGGUAUCAGUGAUUCCCGCAGAGGAAGCUCAAGAGCAUCAACUCAGCAUCCUUAAAAGAGAAAAGAGAUUUUACAAUGAAGAGCGGGAUGAACCAAGUGUGGAAUUUUUCCCACAACCGCAGCCGACACAGAAAACGGAUGGAUAUGUGUGGCUUACUUCCUAUUCCAGGAUACCGGUCCAAGUCUUGGAAGAAUUUUGCAUAUCAGCUAAAAGACACUGCCCGAAAGGGGAACAAGGACCCAGGGGCACACCAGGAACACCUGGUUAUAAAGGUGAAAAGGGGGAUUUAGGAGAUCGUGGACUUCCAGGCCAGCCUGGACCAAGAGGACCAAAUGGUUUCCCUGGACUUCCUGGACCGGUUGGUCCAAAAGGUGAAUCCGGAAUGUCUGGAAUUCCCGGAUUAGAUGGUCGAGAUGGAAUUCCUGGGGAACCUGGUUUAGAUGGUGUUCCUGGUCGAGAUGGAAUUGAUGGGAUACCUGGGCGUGAUGGCAUUCCUGGUUUACAUGGAACUCCUGGAAGACCAGGAACAAAUGGCACUCACGGUAUACCAGGGUCUCCAGGUCCAAGAGGUCCACCUGGUCCACCGGGACCUACAGGUUUACCAGGUCCCAGAGGGAAAAAAGGAGUUCCAGGAAAAGCAGGAACGCCGGGUGUUCCUGGAAUUAAGGCUUGGACUGUAAAUGGGACAGAAACAAGAACUCUUUUAAUACCUCCUGCAAUAGUAGACGUAGAUCCACCUUCUUCCAUAAUGGUGGAUGAAGGACAUAGGGUACAGCUAAAAUGCACAGCUACCGGUUUCCCUGAACCACAAUAUACCUGGAGAAGUGAUGAAAAUAAACCCAUACAUUUUAGAUCUUGGAAACAGUCUUCUGUGAACUCUGAUGUUCUCGAAAUUUCUCGUGUUAGCCGAGAUCACAUGGGUAUUUAUAUGUGUAUUGCUUCAAACGGAAUUCCACCUCCAGCUAUCCAUAAAACUAAGUUGGAAGUAGCAUUUCCCCCAUUGAUAAAAAUCAGGAACCAAAUGGUUGGAACGGUAAACGGUAGCUAUGCUCUAUUGGAAUGCUUCGUAGAGGCUUAUCCAACAGCUGUGAAUUUUUGGCAACAUGGCGAUAAUCGCCAACUUGAGAAUAAUUGGAAAUAUCACAUUGAUCAAAUAGACGAGGGAUAUAGGACUCAUAUGAUUUUAAAUAUCACACGAGUGGAACCUUUAGACUAUGGACUGUACAAAUGUAUUUCUAAAAACGAUCGAGGAAAAACUCUUGGCGUCUUCACAGUUUUUGAAAUCGAUCCAAAUGCUCCAACCAAAAAGCCACCAACCGAAAAGUAUGAAAUAUAUGGACAACCUCCUCCGCCACCACUGAUCGAAGCACUUGAUUGUGAUAGUUGUACCUCAAUUUGUGAUUUUACUCCAUUAUGUCCAACUACAGGAAAAAUAGAUCCAUCACAAACUCAAAAUAUGCACAUUGGUACAAUGGGGAUUUCUCGUCACUCUCUAACAACAGAAAAUUGUAUGGUACAUCAACUUGGAAAACCAGUUUUUCAACGUUCCUCAAAGCAAGAAGUGGGUGCCUGGUUUCAAGAUGCCUACCCGGGUAGUUCUAACACGAAAUACUACGCUAUUUAUGCAAACGAAACCAACCGUGUUUAUGUAUACAAUAACAGGGAUGACUUUCGAAACAAUAACUUCAGCCGACAAAUUGACCUUACCUUCGAUUUUUCUGGAACAUGCAGCGUAGUUUACAAUGGUUCAUUCUAUUAUCUUCAAGAAGCCUCAGAUGUAAUCAUUCGAAAAGACUUAUCAAACUUUCAGGCUUUUUCAGGUGGACCUUUUAACGAUUCUUCAGGCUCAUAUCUUUACAACACCGAGCUGUGCCGUAUGGACAUAAUGGCUGAUGAAAAUGGAAUCUUCAUUGUCUACCCAUCAAAUAACACAAAUAACACAAUCGUUCGAAAAUUAGAUCCAUUCAGUGUUAAAGGGGAGUUAAUGUGGAAUUUAACAUUCCCUCAUAACAGUGUGGGUGAAAUGUUCAUUGCGUGUGGUGUGUUGUACGCUGUAGAUUCUGUUACAGCUCUUAAUUCACACAUCAGAUUUGCGUAUGAUUUGUAUCAGAACAAAGUGCUGGAUGUAAAUAUACCUUUUUCGAACCCAUUCCGUAAUAACAGUAUGAUAUCUUACAAUCCAAAGCACCAAAAAAUAUAUACAUAUGAUAAGGGUAACCAGCUUUUGUAUCCUAUACUGUUUGGAUCCAUAGAUAUGGGGCAACCCGAACAGAAAGACGAUGUAAAAAGAAGAAAGUGACUCUUGUAUAAUCUUUUAUUAAAUAAAGUUUUAAGCUUGGUAUAUUU